CCCCGCAACCCUUCUUCCUCUUCCUCCAAACUCAUAUUGACUUUAUUGUCUAUCAGGCGCUGGUGAGAUCGCCUAUAUUACAAUGGCCUCAGUGCUUCGCUUCCACCAGCUGGUGGCCAAGAACGCGAAAGUGUUCAAGGCCGCCUGGCGACAUGCUGCGAAGCUCGUCCAGAAUCAACUACCACCUUCCAUCCGGCCAACUCAGGCACAACUUCAACCUAUCCUCGCUAGGAACGCUCCCAGACAUCCCAUCCACCGCGUCGCUUUCUUGAAGCAGAGCAAAGGUCGGUGGUACAGCACUCACAGUGCCAUCACCUCCACGGUCCGCCGUUUCACCUCCGCUGCAACUCGCUCGUCCGGCGUCAAGUAUGACCGCUCAUCAUUCCCAAAGUCUCGCACCGGGUUUGCUGUGAACAGCCAAUCCGGACGCGCACCCUUUGCGUCGACGCUUCGCCCCAACUUGACCGGCGGCACGCUCGGAAGGACCGCCGGGGGAUACGCUUGGGGAUCUGGUAGAGCGGGAGGUGCUCGUUACUUCUCGCAUGGUCCCGCAGCGCCCGCCCAAGUCAUCAACAACGUUUCACAGGCGGUGCGAGCGUUCAUGAUCUCUGGGUCGAAGGCCCAAUUCGACGGCAUCGACCCGCGUACUGGCGAGAAGCGAUUUAAGUCUGUUUCUGCCCUGCAGGAUAAAGUGAACCGUACCCUCAACCGGUCACCCAGGGCCACCCCGGGAACGACAGUCAGCUUCAACAUCAACCCUACCGUCACCGCCCUCUCGCCAUUGAAGGCCGUCAAGGGCUUCCCCUCCUUCGCUCAGGAGAAGGAGACCCUUAACCAGGAUGGUCUCAUGGACGUUCUCUCCGUGGAUUUCUCCAGGGCUGUCAAGGAACUCGCUGCUGUGCUGAGAGAUCUUCAACGGCUGUCAUCGUUGGGUGAUUUACCGAUUACAUACGAAUCGUCCAAGCUUCGGGUACACUUCCCCGGCUGUAACUUCGAAAUCGUCGAAACCAUUUGCGACGAGCUAGGAGUACAGCGCGGGGUGAUCCAACAGGACGAAGACUUCGACUCCUACGUCGGCACGGACAUCGCUCUGCUCUUCCCCUUUGCACCGAGCCGGACCCCCUCUGAAUGCUCCUUCUAUGAGAAGUCGGUCACAGGGCGCCAGCAACCCAUUGAUUGGCGAAACAUGAUGACCCCCUCAGAGCUCUCGGACAACUACUCCACCCACUCAGAGUACGAACUCGACUUCGAAAACGUCACCGAGAACCCGUACUGGGCCUCCUCCCCCUCCGGCUACGAGAGUCUGCACGAGAGCGAACUAGAAGAUUCAAUCGACCUCACCACACCGCUGGAGUACCAAGGAAUCGAAGGGAUAUAUCGGUUCAUGGAGCAGUGCGGACCCACUCGGUAGAGCCCGCCGCGUUUGCGUUGCGGGUUCCCAGCGGCGGUUCGUAAGCUCACUAUAUCACGACCGCAUUUGAUGAUUUUCGUUCUUCCCUUUUUUUCACAAUACCACUUGGCUUCAGAUUGGCAUGUUAGCAAACUUGGGUUUUUUUCGUGGUCAUGGAUACACUCCUUCCCUCUCCUAUGUAGCAAUAUGAAAACAUCUUCAAAAAACAAGCAUUGGUCUCCCAUCGUACCCUCUAUUAUAUACUUGGCGUUUAACAUUUUGAUUUAUCCCCCCCCCCCCCCU